GAGAUUUUCUACUUUUUAUCUUUAUUUCUUGUUUUCUUUUGCUCUGUUCUUUAUAUUUCUUGCCUGUGUGCAUGCAUGUGCAUUGUGUCCAAACAAUGGACAUGCGGUCCAUUGUUUUGACGCAAAAUCAAAACAACUACGUCACGCUGCAACUCAUCUAGCUAGCUACAAAUCCUAAAAUAUAUUUCUGUGAGGAAGCACAGUGGUGAUAAAAGAUUUUAAUAAAUAAAUUUUUUCUUGCAUGGGGCUGAUUUGGAGAAGGUCAAACUAGUCUGCGUGGACGUACUAAAUUUUACAUUGAUUGUAUUAAAUACACAUCAAAAGUGUGCUUUAGUCUAGUAGGGGGUGGGCUUCCCCAGUCAUCACUAGUUAGCUAGCUAAGUUAACUAGAACUUUCAAUGUACUCUCUAAAUAAAUGAUGUUUCGCUUGUCGUUAAAGGUGUGACUAUAGCUGUCUAUCCUGACAAAAUGUAAAUUUUUAGCAGUCAUAUUAUCGUUAACAGGCUGUUAUUUUAGGGACCUUCGAAAAAAAAUUUGGGCUCCGUUAGUGGAAUAUCGCCGUUACAGGGGAAAAAGGGGUCUGAAGUUUGAAAAAAAAUCCGCUAAGGAUUGAAAAAUUUCAAAAAUUCAUUCUUCGUCGUUAGCAAGCAUAAUUCUUCCUGUCAUCAAUUCCGAUAACUUUUAUCUACGAAACACAUCCCUGAGCCUUCCAAGAUUUAUCGGAAUGUGUGUAUUUCACGAAUGCAAAUCCGCUAAAAAAAGGGGUCCAAAUCUUAGCGACGAUAUCCCGCUAACGAGGCCUGAAAAGAAUUUUCGAAGGUCCCUUAGGCACUGUUAUAUAUAUUUCUAUUUUCUUUGUUUGUCCCAACAAAUAACAAAUUUUAUUUAGUCAAACCAUGACCAUUUACAAUGAGAUAGAUAAGUAUUUUCACAGAAGAAAAAAAAGUUAUUCUCUAUGUCAGAAUAUCCAGUUACUUUGUCUUGAGCAAAUAGGAUUAGCGUAUGAUAGCUAAAAUGUGAGAGAAUCAUUAAGAUAAUUCCUGAUCUUUGCAGCUAUUACAUUUAAAAUCAAAGUAUAUGUGCUCAUUUAUAUUAUGUUAAUUGUGCCCUUGCUUGUUAAAGGGGAAGUUCGGUCAAAAAUUAUAUUUUCAUAAUCAAUAGUCAUAAAAGAAAAAAAAAGAAUACGAUAAUUCUUUUUAAAUGAAACCCUUAUUUUUUUUAAAUAAUCUGUGUUAACCACGCGUAAAAACACCUCCGUAGACUGACCCCUUUACGUUUUUACGAAGGCUGGGUCGAGUUUGAAUUAUGACGUUUUAUAGUUCAAAAAGCGAAGUUCAGUGUUGGGGAUUAGGUGUAAUCACACGAAGAAGCGUUUUGUUUAUGCAUUUUAUUAUUUCAAUAUGCCAAACUGUGCUGCCAUCGGCUGUACAAAUCGAAGUAGCAAUAAUAAAAAGACAGAAAAGGGUAAGGGAAGCGAGGAAAAUAAGGAGGUAGAUAACGAAAAGCUUACGACAAAAGACGAAAAUAACAACGAAAGAAAAAUCCGGGUAGUAUUUUAUCACAUUCCUAGUGCGAAAAAAGAUAAAGAGCUUCGGAAUAAAUGGCUACACAAUAUAAAAAGAAGUGGUACCUUGCCGAAAGACUCUGGGUUUUAUAUUUGUUCUCAUCAUUUUGAACCAGAGUGCUUCGAAAGAGAUUUACAAGCUGAACUAAUGGGUCCUCCACCGCGGAAUAAAUUAAAAGAUGGUGCUGUUCCGACCUUAUUUAAUUUUACAAAACAGCCUGAGAAACGUAAAAGAACAGAAAAAAGAAUCGAAGACCGUCAGAAACGACAGGAACCAGAUAAAAAAGAAGCCAUUGAAAAUAUGAAAACAAGCUUUACAUUGUAAUAAUUUUUCUUUAAUUAGUAUUCAAUCCCCUCUUUAGCUCUAAGGUUGAAGUUGGUUCUUUUAUUCAGAAUCGGAAUCCGUGUUUUCAUACAGUCGUUUGUCGUCGGAUUUGCUCUCCGUGAAUGGGAUAUAAAUACCAUUUUCAGAUGGAUAUUUAUUACGAAUUGCCCAUAAAGCACACGACGGUAUAAUUUUUCGCACACCUUUUCCCAAUCUGUUAUGUAUCCACCACGUGUACUGUUUGUAACCGGCAAAACGUAGUGAACUAAAAAGAAAUUGUGAUAUAACACAAGUUUGAUCCCAAGUCCUUUCUUGCCCUUAACCCUUAAAAUAAGAUGCAAUAAAAAAACGUACCAAUUAUCCGUGUGCAUUGCAUCGCCCCUUAAAUUAUUUAGAGCAGACAGUGCAGUGGUUAGUACUGGUUUACAUAGACAAACCAUCCCAAAAGUUUCGGCUUCAGUUAUACAUUGUUUUCCUAAAAAGAAAAUCUUAAAAAAUGACCCCCGUCUCAAGUUUUGAUUUUUGAGCGCACGCGUUCUCAUUCGAUUUGUAAAGCUGAAUAAAAUAAAACAACCACCGUUGUGUUUUUUUUGUGAGAUUGUUUUGGCAGUAGCGAAUGAUAACGAAUAAAAUAUAUGCGAAGGAGAGUUAAAUGUUUUUGAGAAAAAACUCAUGUUAGGCAAAAUAUUUUGAAAGAAGUUUUGAGUCAGUUGUUGUGUUCGUAGGGAUAUUUUUUUUUAUCAACGCGAAGACCAAUAUUUAAAGGGAAUAUGUAGAGUUUUGUUAUGGUUUUAAACACGAAAAAGAAAAUUAUGCUUGGCUAAAUUUCUUGUUUAUUUUACCUUCAAAAUGAUUGUCAGGAAUUUCAUUUGUAUCCCUGCAACACAAGCUUUCACUGUACGACUCCAUCGCUCUACAGUGACCACCGCAUUGGCACCAGUUAUUAUUGCCGAUCCUUGAAACUUCAUCUUCUUCCUCAUCACUCUCGGAACUACACGUUCCUAAUUUAUUCAGUUCUUCCAAAGAAAAUUCUGGUUCAAAAUUGAAGGGUCUGAGAGUGGAUAAAUCAG